UUUUUUGCCAGAAAAUGCGGAAGUGAAAUAAUGGAAUUUGAUGCCAUUCCGGAGGACAGGAAUAGGCAACAUGCAUGAUAUAUUACAAUACAAUAAAAUUAAUAGGAAAUUAAAUAGACAAGCGGAAUAUAUCGCUCAAUCAAAUCAUCACGACAGCCGUGUUGAGAUGGAGAGCCGUCGCACAGUAACACGAAGGUCGAGAAAGCAACACACCAGAUUGAUCAAACUAUAUCUACUUCGGAAAGCGCCACACGCCUGUAGCCUAGGUGUGGUGCAUCCGAUGGUGGGCUCGAGGGCGUUUUGUGUCAACAAACGAAAACUUCCACAUCAUCGCGCUCGGAUUCUUCCACGGAGGCAGAGGGACUGAAAGUGGGACGACCCCAUGGCCCACGCCCGCUUCCCGGGGAGGACUGCAAACGUGGCCGCUAACCUGACUUCCCCGGUGCUGGGUCGGCCACUGUGCUCUAACGGGACACCCUGGAUCCUCUAUCUGUUCGAGCAAUGCGUGGAUAAUGUGUGGGAAUACUGGAGUGUAGUCAUCGGGCUGAUCUCAAUGCUCUGUUUCUUGCUGUCUACUCUACCACAAGUCUAUGAGGCUUAUCGCAAUGGUAAAGUGGAGGAGGCCAUGUCUUUUGGCUUUUUGCUCUUCCUCUUCAGUGGGGACCUCAGCAGUCUAAUAGGCUGCGUCCUGACCAGUCAGCUGCCCAUCCAGAUUGUGACAGUAGUGUUCUACAUCUUCACUGAUCUCCUGCUCAUCUCCCAGUUCCUCUACUACAAGAUAAAGAACAACUCAUGUAAAAAGCGCCCCAUGUUGAAGUGGUUGUGUUUCCUGUGGUGUGGGGCUUCCACUGUGGCCCUCCUGGUUCUCCUCAAGUUCAUCACUGACAACAACACCUCUGCCAACACCGAGAGUGCCUCUAACAGCGUGGAGAUCUCUGGUUAUGCCUGUGGAUACGCGGCCUCCAUAUUCUACCUCUCCUCUCGUUUUCCACAGCUCUACAAAAAUUUUAAGCGUCAGUCUACAGAGGGCACGUCGUACAUGCUGUUUGCCCUGGCCAUGAUGGGCAACGGGACCUACGGGCUCAGUGUCAUUGUGGUUCUACCGGCUCUGGCCGGCUCCAAACAGACCUUCAUUCUCAAACAUCUGGCCUGGCUCAUCGGCAGCCUGGGAGUCCUCCUCCUAGACUUCUUUGUCACCGCCCAGUUCAUCAUCUAUAGGAAGAACCGCUCCGAUAAAACCAGCAAGAAGAUGAACGUUCCUGAAGUAGAACCUCUGCUCUGUGAAGAGGAGGAGCUGUCCACGUUCUAGAAAACACAUGAAUAAAGGUGUAUCGUUAGAACACAUGCUUAAAGUUCUAGAGUGAGAAUACAUGAUUGAAGUUCUAGAGUGAGAAUACAUGAUUGAAGUUCUAGAGUGAGAAUACAUGAUUGAAGUUCUAGAGUGAGAAUACAUGAUGGAAGUUCUAGAGUGAGAAUACAUGAUGGAAGUUCUAGAGUGAGAACAUUACUGAAGUUCUAGAGUGAGAACAUUACUGAAGUUCUAGAGUGAGAACAUUACUGAAGUUCUAGAGUGAGAAUACAUGAUUGAAGUUCUAGAGUGAGAAUACAUGAUUGAAGUUCUAGAGUGAGAAUACAUGAUUGAAGUUCUAGAGUGAGAAUACAUGAUUGAAGUUCUAGAGUGAGAAUACGUGAUUGAAGUUUCCCUCAGUGAGAAUACAUUAUUAAAGUUCUAGAGUGAGAAUACAUGAUUGAAGUUCUAGAGUGAGAUUACAUGAUUGAAGUUCUAGAGUGAGAAUACAUGAUUGAAGUUCUAGAGUGAGAAUACAUGAUUGAAGUUCUAGAGUGAGAUUACAUGAUUGAAGUUCUAGAGUGAGAAUACAUGAUUGAAGUUCUAGAGUGAGAAUACGUGAUUAAAGUUUCCCUUAGUGAGAUUACAUGAUUGAAGUUCUAGAGUGAGAUUACAUUACUGAAGUUCUAGAGUGAGAAUACAUUGAUUGAAGUUCUAGAGUGAGAAUACAUUGAUUGAAGUUCUAGAGUGAGAAUACGUGAUUGAAGUUUCCCUUAGUGAGAAUACAUGAUUGAAGUUCUAGAGUGAGAACACAUGAUUGAAGUUCUAGAGUGAGAACAGUAAGAGAUUUCCAGAAAUCGUCUCCAUAAUGCUGAGUGGAGACCUAGAAUAAUCCAACAAAUGUGAUAGUACACCAAUGUUCCCUCCAUUUAAGUCCAGGUGAAUUAAAGGGGGCGUUUUGUUUGAGGAAUGUAAUCUCAGUAGAACCAUUCUCUAUUUCUUUGUAAGGGCGCUCAUAUGAUCUAUUCCCUUUUUCUUAUUACACUAAAGGCCUAUAGGGUGUGUCUCAGUGUCACAUUCCUCUAGUCUAUGUUUGUCAAUGGUUAGAGCUCUUGUGUUUUCCAGGAUAAGAUAUGCAAUACACUCUGAACUAUUCACACAACAUUGUCAUCUAGGUAAACAGUACAGGAAGGAAUCAUAACAGUGAUUGUUCCUGUAUGUAGGUUUAAAAAGAUCAUACAUUGCACCAAUGGUAAUGUAUCACAUUGACUGUGCCACAAAGUAGUGGGCUGCACCAACAGUCAUCUAUUUUACACUUGUGGUGAAUUUGUUAUAGUUUACCUUGGUUUGUUGUAGGAGCAGAUUCCAUUGUAAUUGAAUCACUAUUUAAGCUCUAGUUGUUAAAUUGCUUGGAGUGUUACACAGUGUUUAGAUUGUGAAUGUGCAGUGGGUUAAGCCUGAUAUCCUGUGUCUUGUAUCUACAUCUAUUUAUGUGUUGCUGCAGUGGAGGUCUGAGGGCUGUUUGACGUCUUCACACGGCUGCUUUUAAAACAGACAGUUCUUUGGCUGAAAUCUAACCUUUAGAUAAACAUCCUCCUUUCCUUACGUUAUGGCCCAGGUAUGUUACCUUUCAGUGGCCACAAAGAAUGGAAGGAGGAGGGAGGCUUUUUGGCAGUAUUCAGUCACAGCCUUGAGCAUUGAGUUCUCACCCCUUAUUGUGGAGUUGUGUCCAGGGGGGUAUUCACUAGGAACCAAAACGGGGACGGACCUAACUGAAUUUGUCCAAUAGAAACUUGUUUUCAUUGCUAAAUGUUUUCAACUGUAUGCAACUAAUGAAUACACCCUAGUCUUCUAUGUCUGCAGUCACAUGUUCAGAAAGCAGAGGAUCAAGGUUGUGUGGGAACUGUUUUAUAAGUUGAUGUGCCAUAACUUGGUAACAUGGAGUCAUGAUGAGUGAAUAGAGCUUUCUAAUUACCGAUGGUCACAGCACUUUAUUAGUCUGUCAUGGAUGUGAUUGGUUGAUUGACACCACAGAUUUCUCUACCUCGUCUUUCAGUGAUGGGGUUUGUUUAUCUGACCCGGGUUACCCCGUCUGGUUUGAACCGGGCUGCCUCCCGGGCGUGAGCCAGGUGCCCCGCUCUGGCCGAUGGCGAAGUCGUCUCAAAACAAAAGUGACGUAAUUAAGCAUGUGUGAUGAGUAGGAUUAUGUGUUUUCAAAUGCUAAAGUGAUUACUUUUGAUAAAAAUCCUUUAUCUGCCUUCCCAAUAAAAACUAGUUUGAAAAUUCAAACAUUUUAUUUGAUAGAAAAUAGAUGUAUGUUUCUGGACAAUGUACCUAGCUGCCUUGUUGACAACAUGAUUGAGCGUUGCAGAUUACUGUUUAAUUUGAGAAGUGCGCUCCUCCCUCCCCACUUUCGCCCGAUGACGUGACAGGCCAUUGCCCGGUUCAACCCAGGCCAGUGUAAUAGAACUCCCUCAGUGACAUAGGAGUCAUGCCUGGUGAAAAUGUAAAUCAAAGCAAAUCAAAAAAAUUGUCACAUAAUCCGAAUACAACAGGUUCACCUUACCGUGAAAUGCUUACUUACGAGCCUUUAACCAAGAAAAUAUUUGCUUAAUAAACUAAAGUUUAAAAAAGUAACACAAUAAAAUAACAAUAACGAGGCUAUAUAUGGGGGUACCGGCACCAAGUCAGUGUGCAGGGGUACGGGUUAGUCGAGAUAAGACCAGUACCCCGGAGUCGCCUCUUCACUGUUGACGUUGAGACUGGUGUUUUAAUGAAGCUGCCAGUUGAUGACUUGUGAGGCGUCUGUUUCUCAAACUAGACACUCAAAUGUACUUGUCUUCUUGCUCAGUUGUGCACUGGGGCCUCCCACUCCUCUUUCUAUUCUGGUUAGAGCCAGUUUCUGCUGUUCUGUGAAGGGAGUAGUACACACAUCAUCAGUUUCUUGGCAAUUUCUUGCAUUGAAUAGCCUUCAUUUCUCAGAACAAGAAUAGACUGACGAGUUUCAGAAGAAAGUUAUUUGUUUCUAGCCAUUUUGAGCCUGUAAUCGAACCCACAAAUGCAGAUGCUCCAGAUACUCAACUAUUUUUUUUACCUUUAUUUAACUAGGCAAGUCAGUUUAGAACAAAUUCUUAUUUUCAAUGACGGCCUAGGAACAGUGGGUUAACUGCCUUGUUGAGGGGCAGAACGACAGAUUUGUCUAAUCUAAAGAAGUAUAAAGAAGCAAUAAAACUGUCCUUCUUUAAUCAGAACAACAGUUUACAGCUGUGCUAACAUAAUUGCAAAAGGGUUUUCUAAUGAUCAAAUUGCCUUUUAAAAUGAUAAACAUGGAUUAGCUAACACAACGUGCCAUUUGGAACACAGGAGUGAUGGUUGCUGAUAAUGGGCCUCCUAUACGCAUAUGUAGAUAGUCCAUAAAACAUCUCCCGUUUCCAGCUACAAUAGUAAUUUACAACACUAACAAUGUCUACACUGUAUUUCUGAUCUAUUUGAUGUUAUUUUAAUGGACAAAAAAUUAGCUUUUCAAAAACAAGGACAUUUCUAAGUGACCCCAAACUUUUGAACAGUAGUGUACAUGUAGGUAGGGGUAAAGUAAUUAUGCAUAGAUAUUUCACCUUUAUUUAACCAGGUAGGGGGUCUAAGGGGGUCAAUGCAAAUAGUUUGGGUAGGCAUUUGAUUAACUGUUCAGCAGUCUUAUGGCUUGGGGGUAGGAGCUGUUAAGAAGCCUUUUGGACCUAGACUUGGCGCUCCGGUACCGCUUGCCGUGCAGUAACAGAGAGAACAGUCUAUGACUAGGGUGGCUGGAGUCUGACAAUUUUUAGGGCCUUCCUCUGACACCGCCUGGUAUGGGGGUUCUGGAUGGCAGGAAGCUUGGCCCAAGUGAUGGACUGGGCCGUACGCAAUACCCUCUGUAGCGCCUAGCGGUCGGAUGCCAAGCAGUUGCUAUACCAGGCGGUGAUGCAACCAGUCACGAUGCUCUCAAUGGUGCAGCUGUAUAACUUUUUGAGGAUCUGAGUACCCAUGCCAAAUCUUUUCAGUCUUCUGAGGGGGAAUAAGAGUUGUCGUGCCCUCUUCACAACUGUCUUGGUGUGUUUGGACCAUGAUAGUUUGUUGCUGAUGUGGACACCAAGGAACUUGAAGCUCUCAACCCGCUCCACUACAGCCCUGUCGAUGUGAAUGACGGCGUGCUCGGCCCUCCUUUUCCUGUAGUCCAAACUAGUUAAGCGUUGGAAGGAAAUAUAAAGGAGUGCUUGUGUUUUAGGAGUGAAAUGUGAUUAAACAUGAUGUGACAAAGUACAGUAUUUAUUGGUAGAGAUAGUAUAGCUGGGCUUUAAAACUUUCCAUGUAAACUUUCAGCCAACCACAAUUUGAAGCAAUAAAUGGGUGUAAAAUAAGGAUUAUUACUACUUUUAUGUGAAGUAUUGAAAAAGCUAAACGUUUAGGCUUUGGAAAAAUUGGCUUUUGCAAUAUGGCUGACCAGCAAAUGAUUGUGGCCAUGAAACGGCAGGAAAUCCAUGAACGAAGAGAAAUUAUGAUGACACCUAUUUUCUCUGUGAUAAACCUGUAGAUAGUUGCAGAUUUCGUUUCUUAUUUUUAUAUUAUUUUAAAGGUAAUUAUUGGUUGUAUCAGACGUAACUUUUUUUGCCUUUCUCUUGAUAAAUUAAGUUUGAAUUCUGGUUUGCUCAAAGCCUUUCUUCAAAGUGUUUCCUAUAGAUAUCUUCCAAAUCAGAAAAUGGAAUAGUGAGAUAUUUAUUUAUUUACAGUCUCAAGAACAAGGAACAUUUCUGAAAAUGUUUUUACCUGAAUAAUGACACUGUAUUGCUCUUUUAAGAUAACAUGGUAUUUUCUUUUCUUUAUGCUUUAGCCUAUGUUACUUGCAAUAUUUGUCUAAUUGAAGAUAUGUCCCAGUAUCUCAGCUUUGUAGCUCAUUGUACACAAGUUAAGCAUUCCAAUAUGAUGUUUAUGUAACAAACAAACAUCUCAAUAAAGUGUAAUAUAUCAAA